AUGGCGUCCGCGGAGGAGGCUUUGCCACGUCGUGUGACCCGGGAGCCAAACGAAGCCUUGCUGAACCUUACGGCGAGAACAGGAUACACCAUACGGCGAGAAAAACGGGAAAGAAAGUACGGCGGUCCACCUCCCGACUGGGAAAGCCGGGCUCCUUUAAAGGAUUGUGGAAUUUUCGUCGGAGGUAUUCCAAAAGACUGUUACGAAGACGAGCUCGUUCCAGUAUUUGAGAAGAUAGAAAAGAUUUACGAACUGAAACUCGUAACGAACCGCCGCUUUGGACCCCAUAGAGGAUAUGGAUUCGUUACAUACACUAACAAAGAACACGCGAAUCAAGCGGUAAAGGAGCUUCACAACUACGAAAUUCGUAAAGGCCAGCUCUUGUGUGUUCGCAACUCUUCUAAGGUGGUUUUGCACGUGGGGAACCUUAUGUCGACAACUACAGAAGACAAAAUUAGAAAGCUGUGCAGUCAAGUUGUGGGAAGAGACAACGCUGUGGGAAGAGUAAAGAAGAUAAGAGAUUAUGCAUUCAUUCGUUUUAGCGACAAAGAUGCUGCUAUCAAGGCCAUGGCUAAACUUAAUGGAAUGAAUGUUGAAGGUGCUUACAUUGAGGUUGCAUGGGCAAAAGGAAGAGAGCAGAACCGACACUUGGGUGAGGUUGAUAGAGCAUACAACAGAGGCUCGGAAGCGUUGAAAUCUUGGAAGCAGAAAGAAGUAUCAUCUGUCAGGUGUGUAGAAAUAUUGAAGGCCUUGGACUGCCACUUGGGUGAGGUUGAUAGAGCAUACAACAGAGGCCAGGAAGCGUUGGAAUCUUGGAAGCAGAAAGAAGUAUCAUCUGUCAGGGCUAAUCAGGACUGCCACUUGGGUGAGGUUGAUAGAGCAUACAACAGAGGCCCGGAAGCGUUGGAAUCUUGGAAGCAGAAAGAAGUAUCACCUAUCAGGGCUAAUCAGGACUGCCACUUGGGUGAGGUUGAUAGAGCAUACAACAGAGGUCAGGAAGCGUUGGAAUCUUGGAAGCAGAAAGAAGUAUCAUGUGUCAAGGCUAAUCAGGACUACCACUUGGGUGAGGUUGAUAGAGCAUACAACAGAGGCCAGGAAGCGUUGGAAUCUUGGAAGCAGAAAGAAGUAUCAUAUGUCAGGGCUAAUCAGGACUGCCACUUGGGUGAGGUUGAUAGAGCAUACAACAGAGGCCCGGAAGCGUUGGAAUCUUGGAAGCAGAAAGAAGUAUCACCUGUCAGGGGCUAUGGCUAUGAUCCUAGUUACUCGCCUCCAUUGUAUUACAACCCGAUGUCUCCACCACCCGCAAGCAGGGCGUUGGCAGGGCGAGGUCCCAUGGGCAUCAGAAGCCCUGUGCGAGGCCGAGGGAUGAUGCUGAGGGGGUGUGGCUUUAGGAAACAUCCAGCGGAGGUGCUCGAUGACCUUUGUCAGAAGAAUGGAUGGGGAAGUCCUGUAUACCAGCUUCAUUCUCUCAUGGGAAGGGGUGGAAGUGGUGCCCAACAGCUCUUAGAGCUCUUUUUGUACAAGAUCACCAUACCAGCUCUCGGUACUCAGUUUCCAAAUCGUAAUCCAUUUACCCCAAAUAAACUGUGUCCUACUGUUGAGGGGGCAAAGGUUUUUGCAGCAGAGUACACUUUGAUGCAGUUAGGUGUGCCUCUUGAAGCCCUAGAGUUCAUUAGCCCACCAUGUCCUUACACCCAGCCGAGCUAUGCCAACCACCCCGACCCACCUGUGGAACGCUUCCAACAGAUCCUGUGAAAAGCCAUGGAUGACCUGGUUUUUUUCUGUUUUUUUUCUCUCAUUUCUGAUAACCAAUAUGACCCUGGGCUAGAAAGGGGCGUGACCUUGGACGAGAUGCCCGUAUCAGAGUGGACUUGUUAAAUGACUUCUUCCUUCUUCGAAUCUUCUUGUUCCCGGAGUUGUAACGGGUCACAUGUGAUGUAAAAUAUCAGAUGAAAACUGAUGAAUAUCAGAUGAAUAUAAAACACGUAUUCUAUUAAUCCCACAUAAAAUUAGCAUUAGACUAACAGUAUAUUAUGUUGAAUAUGGCAGAAUAUUAUAUUGUAAUAACACAAUACAUUCCAGCAUCAUUCAGAUCACAGAUUUUCUGUUAAAAAUAACAGAUUAAUUUUUCGAAUGUAUACCUUCUGCUAUUGUAGGAACUUAACUUUAUACAGAGGCUAGGUCUCUUCGAUGGUCAUUUGGCAAUCUCUACUAAUAGAGCCAGACAUUUUGACACCUGCUUUGACCGGUCUUUUCAAAGUCAAAUUAGCUGUUCAGCACACCCAUUUAUCAUUUAUUUUCAAUAUCAUUUUUAUCAUUUACACGUAUGGGCUUUGUUAGGUUCCCCAUAGCAAGUACUGCAAGUUUAUGUUUCGGUAUAUCCUUUUGUAUUUCAGAUUUUUGAUAGAAAAGAAUAAAACAUUGAAAAAAGAAUUUUUUUA